AUGGUGGUGGACAAGAGAAGGAUGCAACGCCUUGCUACUGACAUACGACCACAGCUUCGCAAGGAGUCCAUCAGUAUGCCGUUUAACAGACGCGGCAAACAAUCGCAGAGAGUAGAGGGCCCUUUGGCCACGGGGCGUGUUGCCUGGUAUCCCAGCCGUACCCAAAACCUCCACUUCUUCUUGCUUCCCGCCCAGGGAGUUGACGGCCGAGACAGCUGGCAGGUCAGAUAA